AUGAGCGCACCGAGCUUCGAAGAUCUCGAACAGCCUCGAGGAGAGCCCGCGCCGGAGCUUCUCGACGGUCGCAUCUGGGUGGAUGGCUGCUGGGAUUUUUUCCAUCAUGGCCAUGCCGGAGCAAUGGUUCAAGCUAGACAGCUCGGCGAUGAGCUAUACGUCGGUGUCCACUCGGACGAAUCGAUCCUCGCUAACAAGGGCCCUACCGUCAUGAAUCUCGACGAGCGGCUCGCAGCUACAGAUGCUUGUCGUUGGGUUACCAAAUCGGUUGGCCAUGCGCCCUACGUGACGCAGCUGCCCUACAUCUCGCACUAUGGCUGCAGAUACGUUGUUCACGGCGACGACAUUACUUCUGACAGCGAUGGAAAUGACUGUUACCGCUUCGUCAAGGAGGCUGGGCGGUUCAAAGUAGUCAAGCGAUCUCCCGGAAUCUCUACCACAGACCUCGUCGGACGCAUGUUGCUAUGCACUAGGACGCAUUUCAUCAAAUCGCUAAAGAAGGUGCUGGCUGGAGAAGAGGGUGUAGGCACGGCGGAGGAGCGCAAGAUCCAGUCCGAGGCCAUGUUGGACAGAAUUAAGCUAUACGCGACGGAUGAGACUGCCAAGAACCCCGGUGUCGAUGUCUGGUUCUGGCAUUCCGCAACGCCCGAGAAAUCGGGUUCCAGCGAGGGGGUACGCGGAUCCUAUGAGAGCUUCCUUGAGGGAGCGGGUAAGAAGCCUGGCCAGCGCGUGGUAUAUGUUGAUGGCGGUUUCGAUCUCUUUUCCAGCGGCCAUAUUGCGUUUCUGUGUAAGGUACUAGAAGAGGAAGACAAGCUUGCGCGCGAGGCCGGCUGGUUUUCUGCAGAGGCCACGGAGAAGAGAAAGCAGGCAAACGGUGGAAAAGACUACGGCCCAGCAUAUGUCGUGGCGGGCGUCCACGAAGACAGGGUGAUUAAUGAGUGGAAGGGGGUCAACUACCCGAUUAUGAAUAUCUACGAGCGAGGACUCUGCGUUCUCCAAUGCAAGUAUAUCAAUGCGACCGUUUUCGGGGCUCCCUUUACACCAACCGAGAGCUACCUCACGGAUUUGCCGUGGGGUGUUCCCGACGCAGUCUAUCAUGGACCAACAGCAUUCAUGCCCUUGACAUAUGAUCCGUACACGGCGCCGAAAGCGAUGGGAAUAUACCGCCAGAUUGGCGAGCACACGUUCUCUCACGUCAAUGCGGGUGAAAUCGUACAGCGAAUCAUGAAGAGCCGUGACAUGUACGAGGCGCGACAACGGGCCAAGGGCGUCAAGGCUGAAGUGGAAGCGGCAGCGAGGGCCCGAGAGCUGUUGGAGGAGGAGCAGCGCAAGAAGGAGGCAGAGCGAGGAGUCAUGUCCAACUGA